AUGAAACCCAGAAUACCACAACAACAACAUCGUCCCCAUGCUGCCAUCUCAUCAUGGAGUCUCCUCCUCACUCUAUUGCUGUGCUCUGCUGGACCCGCCCAACCCAGCCACGACGUAUCCGCCGCCGAUGAUGACUCACUGCAAGAACAACAACCAUUUGCCGAUGACGACAAUCUGUUUGUGGACACGACGCCAGUGUAUUAUCGACAAGCCGUGGACUUUCGAGACCUCUUUCUUCCACCCGACCAAGCCCUGGCAUUAGGGGGGACCGGCUUGGCACCGUAUGGGGAUAUGAUAUACACCAACGUGUGGCCGGCUGUGAACGCCCCCAUGGAAGAGGGAGCCGAUCCCAUGGAGAACAUGGUCAAUACGCAAGUGAUAGAGCCCAUUACGGUGAACCAGUCGGGAAUUCCAGGAUCGAUUCUGUAUCCCGAGGAACUGUUGAAUUAUCAAUUCGACUUAUCCACGUGGCUAGGAGACGCCCACAUCAAGGUCUCCAACAUUCGAGUCCACAAUCUCAACACGUUCAUCCCCAUUGUGUUGCUCCAUCCCACCACCGAGGCACACGUACUCUCCAACGUCUUUCAAAUGGGACCCAAUCUGACCGCCUCUAACACUCCCGUCCAAGAUAUAGAAGAAGCACCGCACGUCAUUAUCCGUCUCGAUGUCCACAUUGACGGCAUCUCCACUCCUCUGUCGUCCCAUGACAUUGUCGACAUUCACUUGAAGAUACCCUCUUCUCACUUUCUCAUGGAUCUCGUCGUCCUGAUUGACGCCAUGAAACUCUUGAACAUGCCACUGGGAGAUGUCAUGAAUCCCUUUUGUUGGAUCAACACACUCCUACACACACUCGACCCAUACGAUCCAGAACAUCAUCCCGUCUAUUUGCAAUUCUUUCAAUCCUCCUUGGCAUGGAUCUUGUUGGAUGUUCAGUGUAUCGACUGUUCUCCCAAUAUGGAGACCUUUGUGCCACGGCUCAUGACCAGUAUACGAGACAGUACCGACCAUUACAUGGACGUCUUGACGAAAAGCAUUGGAGGAUUCAUUGAAGAUGCCGCCUGGAACUUUGGCGACUUGAUCGAUCUGACACGUACCAUUCAAGAAGCUUCCAAAUUCUGUCCCCAUCAUCCCGACUAUAUACCCAACAAUGAAACCGACCAAUUCGUCAUUUACCCCAAUGAAGAUUCCAUUACUCCCACACUUUCUCGAUCGUCGUUGGAAUCUGUCCUCGCCCUGGGGAUGCUCACUGUCGAAUCCGUCACGGUAGUGGCCGCACAAAAGUAUCUGGACGAGUUGCAACAUAAUCCCAUCAAUGCAACCACUGCGGCCGUCCUCCACACCACCCUGUAUUCGCAGAAUGCCACCUUUUUGAAUUUUACCGAAAUCGACGAUACUCUGGGGCUGUUGCGCGAUGUCCUCACACCCGCCUUUUUGAACGAUGUCGCACGAGGAAUUGUCGAUCCCAACACCAGUGCCGUCGCAUUGCCAUUGCCCACCGACACUACCUUUGACACGGGACUCGGGCAUCAAGUGACGGUCGAACAAGUCCAGGUGCAAGGAUUGGAUACCGUCCAAAACUUGACCUUUCUAAAGGUCGUGGGACCGUACGAACUCGAACUGGAAUUGGGACUGGAACGACUCGCAGGGGAAAUACAGUUGUCAUUCAUGACUACUCCCGAGUAUCCCGGAACACCCAUGAUGGAACCGGAACACAUGACGGUAUUUUACAAUUUUACCGACGUUCAUAUCCACCUACGACUCUUUAUGCAAGUCGAUGUGGAGGAACUGGGCAAUCUACAAAUGUGGACGCUGUUGCAAGGCCCCGAAUUCUUUGUCCCGUGCAUCUUGGCGGCCGCCAAGCGCACGUCCAUCGAAUCGCUCAACGUCACGCUCGGGACGGCGGAUCCUUUCCAAGUAAAGGGGUAUCUCUCGAAGGACUUGGCAGCCAUGGUGAAUGGAGUCGGGGAAGACUUGUUUCGCGACUAUGGACAAGAUAUUGUCGAUGCGGUUCCCAUCUUUUUCCAAACCACCGCACGUCGAUUGGCCAAUGAACUGCUGUACGAACAGUACUUGCAGUUGACCGAGAAUACCACGGCAUGUGUUCUGACCAACACGUCUCAUCUGAACGAUUUUGUGGAUUUUCGAGCACUGUUUCUGGGAAAAGGGGAGAAAGAUUAUGGUAACUUGUUCCAACAAAUUUACUCGGCACUCGAAGCGGAACUCUUUACCCCGGCCGGAGUGAAACAGAUCAACGAUUUGGUUGGAAAUAUCACAUUCGAACAAUCCAACAUUACGGGGGCAUUGACAUUCGAGGAGAACGGAGUCUAUGCCGAAGGAGACAUCCCACUGGGAAACGCGGUUAUUUCGGGCGAAGUCAAUCUUACCAACAUUGCACUCUACAACCUCGAUAGUCUUGGAAUGCCCUUCCGUCUGCUCUAUCCCAACGAGUCCUACUUGUUGGACAGUGAUAUCACCGUGGGUGCCGGUGGCAAGCCUCUUACGCUUUCGGCCGAUUUGAAAUUCAAGGCAACCGAUGGAAAUGAGAUGAACAUUGACAACGAUGUCAGUUUCGCAAUUGGCUUUGACACCCUCACAAUGCUGCUCAGAAUUCUGCUGAAAAUUCUUGAGAAAUCAUUCCUCACCUUCCCCCUCAAAUCAAUGACCAACGUGUACUGCUGGAUUGACCUUCUUCCACCCGCGUCUCCAGAAAUUUUGAAUUCAACCAACCAGAACCAGUCAGGGAUUGCCAUUUACGAUAUAAUAUGGAACUAUACCAACGCGACGACAGAUCUUGAGUGUCGUUGCGAUGAUUGUUGCACAAGCCCCGAGCUUCCUGACCUCUUCACAGAGCUAUACUCCCAAGGAGAAGAUAGUUUUGACCAGAUUGAAGAGCUGGUCAAGCGAGUUUUGGAUGGUCAAGCUGUUCAGAAUGUCCUGGGGCAGAUAUUGGAAACUGCACCUGCGUACUGCCCCCAUUCAGACGAAUACGAUCCCACCGUAGCAGGCACCACGCCAAACAUCCUGGAUCCCGGCACACCACCAGGAGUUGAGGGGGAAGAAGGCCGAGACCCCAAUGCCUUCUUUUUCAAUCUCUUCUUUGGUGGAUUCGGCAUCAUGGUCUUGUUAUGCUUCAUCACAGCAAGGCUCAUCAUCUUCGACAAGAACAGGAAGUGGAAGAAAUCACUUUCGAGCGAAGGGAAAGUGCUUUUGUGCCAGCUGGAGGAAAGGAAGCUGGAGCGAGACGAUUAUCUCGACCAAACAAUGGAGUCGUUGUUCUACACAACGUUCAUUCCUGCCUCUGUUCGCUAUGGCGUGCCAAUUGUGAUGCUUUUGGACAUCUUUCUGUUUUCCAUUGCACACACUCAGAUAUCGAUCAUCAUUGGUCUUGAUGUAUACUUUGCUGGCGACCAAUUCUACAUUGCAGAAAUCUUCACUUUCACCUUCUUCGAUGGUCUCAGAAACACAUUUGACAACGGAGGUUACGAAAUGGCGAUCUUGCUUCUGAUCUUUGGCGGCAUAUGGCCAUACGUGCGAUGCGUCCUGUCCAUCAUCUUGUGGGUGGUACCUCCGACGUGGCUGUCUUCGGAUCACCGAGGCAGGAUGUUCAUCUGGAUUGAUGCCAUGAACAAGCUUACAGUCAGGGACAUAUUCAAGUUUCUGACUAUAAUCGCAGUGAUUUUUAUCUUCGUCGGGGGUCCCUACGUAUGGAAUCAACCAGGAAGUGUCUUGUACGCAGUGAAGAUCAUCGCGGUACCGGGGCCGGCAAUAUACUGUGGAAUUUCCGCAAUGAUUGUCUCUCGAGUCAGUGGCGUAUGGAUCCUUGAAUACCACAAUAUGGCCAUGAGGGCUGCUCGCAAAGAAUACCACCGCGAACACAUGAAUCCGGCAUCAUACGGCCUAAUGGACCUCACGGAAGUCCCGGAAAUCCCGGAAGAAGAGGAGGAGGACGAAGAUUCCGAGACAGAUGACGAGGAUGAAGUUGAAACAGAAAUCUCGGGAGGUUCGUUGACAGACGACGACUACUCUACCGUUCCAACGGAGAUCGAUCUCCCAGGAAGUCGCUACAUCAUCGUUUGCGGCAGGAGAAUUCUUCUCGGCACUCUCGUAUCGGUUGAUCUGUCUUCCAUUCUGGAACUGAUACUUCAGUCCGGUACAACCUACGAAGAAGCCAUCUCUACGUUCGGUGUGUAUUCCAUGAUAUGUGCAGUCCUUAUCAAAGCCCGACUCGUUCUGGAGAACGCCUUGGACUACGUCGCAAUGUCAAUUUUUCUGCUCGCGGGUAUUGUUGCCGUCUACUUCAUGUUUUUUCUCCAGUUCUACCGCUGGAUAAAGGCUAUCCGCACGCAGGGCUGGAGGCAACUCUUUCCCCUGUUUUUUGAGAAGGACCCCGACGUGGUGAAGCUGCCGGAAUACUUGCGACUAUUUGCCCACAGAUACUCCACUGCUUGGGUGGUUGCAUUUUCUAUUGGAGUUUUUCAGCUGGGAGCAGUGACAAUCUACGCUAUUCACUACUUUUGCUCGUUCCUCGACACAAUCUACUAUCAGCUGGAGUUCAUCGGACUGAUACAAAGCACGGAGGGGCUAUGUUGGGAAUCGCAAAUGAGUCAAGUUCACAACUUGAUUGUCUUCAUUUCAUGCUUUGCGUACUUGAUCUUUUGUUUCAUGGUCCAGCUCACAGUGCAAUAUCGAGCCAAUGUUGCGGAGGCUAGCCGACUGAUACGUGAAUUGGACGAAGAAGGUGCUUUCCUGGAGCAUCUUGAGGGUGCUAUGAAGGGAGGGAAACUAAAGAGUGUUGGGCCUAUCAACAGCUCCAUUGCCGAGUCAAUUCGAUCCCGUCUGAGUGGGUCGGAAAUGUCCGAUCUGCAACACCUCUACGACGCAGCUGUGAAAACUGAGGCAGAAGCAGAAUGGGUUGGCCCGGCCAGGCCCCCUUCCACUUUUGACAUUUCAGAAAACAAGCUUGACGACGACGACAGUUGCCUCCCGACUUGCAGCAUCCGAACAAAUGCACCAAGCGUUGAUGGAACAGAGCAAUCGCCAGCCACUCUGGACGAAUCGGAUGACGAAGUUGUCAGCAACCCGGGCAUUGAUGUGGAUGAAAUUGACGUGGACGAUGUUGAUGUCGACAGCAUGGCUUUUACAGUCGACAACAGCGUCGUGGUCGACAACAAUACUGGGGAGAUUGAAGUUUGA